UUCCCUUUUUUUGCAUCACUCCCCUUUCAGUCCUUUAUUACACUACUACAGAGUAGAUAAUACUUUCUUAAUUUUCUCUCUCUGAAUCUUGAUUUUCCGGCCAUGCCGAUCCACCAAAUCACCAUCGGAACCCAUGAAGAACUCCGCCAGCCGGGCGCUCUCAAAGCGGCGUUGGCGGAGUUCAUAAGUACCCUAAUAUUCGUAUUCGCCGGCCAGGGUUCUGGCAUGGCAUUUAACAAGCUGACAUCCGACAGUACCAACACUCCCGCCGGCCUCAUCGCUGCCGCUGUAGCCCAUGCUUUUGGCCUUUUCGUGGCUGUCUCCGUCAGCUUUAACAUCUCCGGCGGCCACGUUAACCCCGCCGUUACUUUCGGUGCAUUUAUUGGUGGAAACAUCACUUUCUUCCGUGGUAUUCUCUAUAUUAUUGCACAGUUACUUGGAUCCACUGUUGCUUGCUUGCUCCUUAAGUUCGCCACUGGUGGAUUGAGCACAGGGGCAUUUGCAUUGUGUUCUGGAUUAUCAGUAUGGAAUGCCUUAGUAUUUGAGAUUGUGAUGACUUUUGGGCUUGUUUACACUGUUUAUGCCACUGCUAUUGACCCAAAAAAAGGAGAAUUAGGUGUGAUUGCUCCAAUUUCUAUUGGUUUCAUUGUUGGGGCCAACAUUCUUGCUGGUGGGCCAUUUGAUGGAGCAUCAAUGAACCCUGCUGUUUCUUUUGGGCCUGCUUUUGUUAGCUGGACUUGGACUCAUCAGUGGGUUUACUGGGCCGGGCCCAUAAUUGGUGCUGGGCUUGCUGGUGUUGUCUAUGAACUUUUCUUCAUCAAUCACUCUCAUGAGCAAGUGCCUACUGCUGAGUAUUAAGGAAAUGAAAAUUUAAAUUUCUUGCUUUUGUAUUUACUUCCUAUGAGUUUUUAUUUUUUAUUUUAAAACUUUGUUGUGUCUAUGUUUCUGAUUGGAUACUUUUUUAAUGUAUUGUGACGGCUGUUUUCCCCUGUAUUUUUAUUUUCUUGCCUUAA